AUGAUUUUUAAGCGAAUAGAUGGCGGUGACAAUGUGCUCCGCGAAUAUGAACGUAAUCACGCCUUAUUUCUCUUAGAAAUUCAGAAGAAGAGGUGUGUGAAUACUCUGGAUGCACCUGUAUCUCUAACGAUGCAACUUAUUACGGAUUACAAAACAAAAAUUUUCCCAGCCUCUGGAAAAACUGGCAGUGUCGAAACAUUAUCCAGAAUAAAGAUCGACGACAAUCUUGAUCGUCUGCCAAAAAAAGACGUACACUAUGCAAAUUUUCAAUGCCAAGAUUCAUAG